AUGUUUGCCGAGGUGCUUCGUCGUGUCCGCGCCAAGUUGCAAAAGAAGAAGUUUGCAAAGAACCUGACCCAAUAUCCUAUCCUGCUUCUGGACAUUCCUCGCGACACCAAAGGAGGUAAGGAGGAGGGGAUGAAGUUGGUUUCCACCACAGCGAAGGACAUGUCGAGUGAUUCACGCUACGCCGCAACGGCACAUGUGCUGGUGGCCGCCUCAUUUGCUGCCUCGGCUCUGGCGUUUGAUGCUGGCGGUCGCAGAUUCAACAUUUGGGUGAGCAACAUGACCGAGAAGGAGGCAAGUGAGUUGCUCAAGAUGCACGAGCACGAGUCGGCCGCGGCAGCAAUUAUUGACAAUUGUGGCCGCCGCGCUGGUGAUUUGGUGGAUGCAUGCAGUAUGCUGAAGAGAGGAAUCAAUCUGAGCGACAUCAAGGUCGAUUUCCACAAGAUGGCAAGCAAGGAGGUGGUGAACUUCAUGAGUCUUACGCUUGAUGGAAAGCAGGUGGGUCAGCAGAUUUUAAAGGCCCCAGUGAAGUUGUCACGCAGGCCUUGA